GGCCUUCAUGGCCUGUUACAGGGAUAGCUUUACCUUACAUUUAUGCUAUUAAUUAUUAUUAGAAGGAUUUUGGUUGCAAGAACUAUCAAAUCUGUGUGUAGUAUACCUUGAUUUAAGAUUUAAUAUUAAUUUUUUUAUACAAUUUUAAUUAUCUUGGUGCAAAAUUUCCUCACUUUUUAAGAUUCUCUUCUGUUUGUUGUUCCUCAGAGACAUAUUAAAUAGGAAUUUCUCUGUAUCGAGAUUUCUGCAAUAUUGGAAUAUUAUUGUAGAGUCCACACAUGCCAUUGGCAGUAGACAGAGCAGUAGUAUACAGCUCUUGUGGACACCAGUGUUAUUUUCGGUGCCAUAAGAGGCAGGGAAUUUAUUGAGCAGCUAUGUGACUAUUAGCUUUUAGAGGAGGUCUCUGUAACAUGUAGUUAGUUUUUAAAAAUUCUAGAUCUAAUUUGAUGUGAAUUGAAUUUUAUUAUUGCUCAACUGAUAUGUUAUAAAUAAAUAGAAGUUUAUGUGUUUAAUUAAGCACCAUUCCAUAAAGUCAUAUGGGAGAGUGGAGGUGCAGGUCCACGCAUUCAUAAUCUCACCAUUAGAUGGAGGAGAGUGGUCAGUUUACGCUCCAGGUGCUUUAUCCGUUGGAAAUGAGCCCCUGGUACCCAACUGGGAAAGAGGCUCAUUGAGGGCUAGAACUGAUUUGGAUGCUGUGGAAAAGAUAAAUAUUUCUUACCCCUGUCAAAAACUGAACUCCAGUUCCUUGGUUGACCAGCUUUUAGCCUGUUGAGUUUUAUGAGCAUACAUAUUAUCAUGAUAAUUGUUAACUGUUAUCAACUAGGUCACAAAAUAUCAUUAUUGUGGAGAAACCACUAUUGUAUACUAAACUACAGAAGUUCAGCUCCUUGUCAUAAUACUUUCCUAAGAGCCAUGCCAUCCUAAUUUCAGUCAAUGUCUGCUUGUCCAGAGUGCGUUGUUUCUAUUGGAUUUUCUGACAGGAUGUUGUGUACCUUUCAUAAUAUUUGGUUUAUGAAUGUUUCAAUUGCUGCUGAACAGUGCUGUACUUGUGUAAGUCUUUAUGUCUUCUUAUGUGUAGGUAUGUAAGAAAGGCAUGAGCAGUGAUUCAAUCUGGCAUGUAAGCUCAGUCAAGGUUUGGAUACUGCGAAAUAUACCAAAGUCUGUUCUUUGUGGCAAAUUUUAUUUUCAGUACAGGUAAUGUUUUCUGACUUCUGGAUUGCACAGGAAGAGUCUGACAACAAGAAGUAAGGUAAUGGUUGCAGCUAUAUACUUUGAGGGAGGGUGCUGCACUGUAACUAAGACCCUGUAUUAACCCAUACAGAAUGUAAAAUGGACUCAGUCAGGUCCUCUGUUGAACAUAAUAUUUAAAUGACUUCACACUGUUACAGACCUUUAGAAGAUCAUGCUGGAAACUUACAAUGCAGAAGACACGGGGUUCUUACUGUUUAGUACCUAUGUUACCAUCUUAAAUGCAACAUUUACCUUCUGUCUGAUGUACAUCUUAUCUUACUAUGAUAUAUUUCAGCCAUCAACAGGUUUUGGUAGAAUCUCAUAACUAAAUGCAGGCAUGUCUCGUGAUAUAAGUAUCCCUGAAUUGCUUCAGAAGAAAAAGAACGGUGAUCAGCUUACGUCAGAAGAGAUACAUUUGUUCAUCCAGAGUGUGGUGACUGGCAUGGCACAGGAUUGUCAGAUUGGUGCCAUGUUAAUGGCCAUGUAUCUGAAAGGCCUUACAGAUCAAGAAACAGUGAGCCUCACCACAGCAAUGGUUCACUCAGGUGAUCAGCUUAGCUGGAACCCUGAGUGGAAAGACUUGCUGGUGGAUAAACACAGUACAGGUGGCUGUGGAGACAAGAUAAGUUUGGUUCUAGCACCUGCUUUGGCAGCCUGUGGUUUCAAGGUGCCAAUGAUAUCAGGUCGAGGCUUGGAACACACAGGAGGUACAUUGGACAAGCUGGAAAGCAUUCCAGGGUUCUGUGUGCAGUUAUUAGAAAAAGAGAUGCAAUCUGCGUUGGAGACAGCAGGCUGCUUCAUUGCAGGACCGACAGCGACAUUGGCUCCUGCUGAUAAGGAACUGUAUAAACGCAGAGAUGUAACUGCUACUGUGGAUAGUAUACCACUCUGUGUAGCUUCUAUUAUUUCUAAGAAAGUUGCUGAAGGAACAAAAACACUGGUAAUGGAUGUCAAAGUAGGGGAGGCAGCAUUUUUCAAAAGUGAAGAUGAAGCUCGAACUCUAGCUUCAAAGCUUAUAAAAGUAUCGGCUGGCUUAGGUGUUCAAACCCGUGUGGCUCUCACAAACAUGGACUCUCCUAUUGGUCGAGCUGUAGGAAAUUCCCUUGAGGUAGCUGAGGCAAUAGAUUGCUUAAAGGGGAAGGGACCUCAUGAUGUGGUUGAACUGGUUGCAACUCUUGGAGGAAUUGUUUUGGAAAUGAAAGGUCAUGCCAAAACAUUAAAGGAAGGCAAGGAAACAGUAUUAAAUGUUUUAAACUCUGGUGAAGCUUUGGAGAAAUUUCGCUUGAUGCUCAUAUGUCAGGGCGUUGCCAAAGAAGUUGCAACAGCUCUGUGUCAAGGAGAUAUGUGCAGUGUGUUGCCAUCUGUUCCCCCAGACCACAUCACAAUCACCAAAGCUUAUUCAUCAGGAACUAUCACAAAAGUGGACGCAUUGAAAGUGGCAAAAGCUGUUUGGAAAUUGGGAGCAGGACGCAGCAAGGCAGAUGAACCUAUUGAUCACAGAGUGGGGAUAAGACUUCUACGUAUGCAGGGUGAAAAGGUGAAAGAAGGUGAUGGACUGAUAGAAAUCUAUCAUAAUUCACCCCAACUUAAUGCAGAUAUUCAUCGACAGCUAGAGGAAGCCAUCCUCAUAUCAGACAAUCCGAAUGGAAUGGAGCAUUUGCUCAUUAUAGAUAUUAUAAGAGAUUAAUUAUGAAGACCGUGGAAGUGUUGUUUGCCACGUAAAUAUAACCUGUGCUUUGAACACAGCACAAUAUCUGUGGCAUUAGCUGUCCAAGCAAAAUUCCUCUUUUGCAUGUCUUGCAACAUAUGUAUUAUCAUUUCUAUUAUCUAAUUGUUUUACCAUCACCACUGCUAGUAAUUUUCUGAAAUUUAAUUACUGCAUUGAUGAAGGUCAUGGAAAUUCAUUCCAGGCUCGCAUGUGGCAUUUUCAAAUUUUAAAACUUUGACACAUCCCCAUACAGACUGUAGGUAUCACCAGGCUUCAAGUGAUUUUGAUAUGCACAAUUUUUGCUUUAACACAAUUUCACUCCUUCAGUGAAGAUUAAAGCACAAUACAAUUAUUUGUCUUAAAAUAAUAGGAUUUUUAAAUGGCAUUAAAGUGCAGAUUCAAGGGCCAUUUAACACCCACCCCUCUAAUCUGAACUCAUUGAAUCUACUAAUUUUAAACUUAACAGAAUUAUUUAUUUUUUAGGUAAAAUUAAAUGCAGUGAAAACAAAUAUGUAACAAUGUUUCAAGUUACAAAACCACUCUUGAAAACAACUAUCAUGUAAGAUGAUAUAUGAUUUUGAUACAUAUCUAACAAUUUUUAUAUACUGUAUCUGUACCCUCCCAUACAUAAAAAGAAUGUUUAUAUAAUUUACUUUCCAACAUUUCAUAUUGUCAGAAUGUACUAAAAAGAAUUGCUUUUAGUACCUAAGAAUCGUUGGUUAAAGUACAUUAUAACUGUCAUGUUAAUAUAAUAACCCUUUAAAGCACAGUGGUAAAUACACAUAAGCUGUAACAUUAGGAUGUUCUGUAUAUUGCAUGUAGAAUGCAUUUAUGUGUUUCUAAUAACUCUCAGAAUGAGCAGCAUGUAUUUUAUUAAAAGCAAUGAAUCUUUAUAAUGGAAAUGUAUUGUGUCUUCUGUGAGGUAGGAACUGAAGGUAUGAAUGUAAUUUAGAUAAAUUUCAGGUUUAAAAGGGUUAAUAAUUAGAAGACUGUUGAAUUCAAAGAAAAACCUCUCUUUGUUUAUUGUAAUUACUCCAUUAAAUGUGCACAUAAUGUUGAACAGAAAAAUCAUUUAGAAUUCAAAUGUAUAUGCUAAGACUGUUAUCAGCCAUAUAAAGUAAAUUCAUACUCAGAUUAAUUAAACACUUGACAGAACUGUUUUAUGAUUAGUAAAACUCAGAUGUACAUACCAAUGGGCAAAUAUAGACACAAAAGAAUUAUGUGUAUAUUUAAGUA